AAGAGUGCCCCAGCCAGGCAGCGCUCCCGAGCUCCUUGCUGAAGGAGCGGAAAGCCUUCAGGGGCCGGACGGACGCAGGGGUGGCCGGCUGGGCUUGCGGCAGCUGAAAGUCGGAAGCGGCCUUUUCUGUUAGAAGGAAGGAAGCCCCCGCCCGCGGGCUUUCUGCUCCGACUUCAACUCCCAGAAUCCCCCAGCCAGGAAUUGCUCUCGCAGAAGGAGCCAGGAGACCGAAGGCCCCGUGGCAGCCCGGGGCUCUUGGCUGGGUCGGGGGUCCGUCUGAGGCGACCCGGGCAGCCCCCUCCGCGCCAACCGACUCAGCUGGAGGGCCCGCUGUUGUCUCGAUCCGGGCAACGAGCUCCGGGAAGACCCGGCUCUGCCAGGCAGCUGCGGAUCUCACGGCCUCGGGAAGGCGGGGGCGGGACGCCUCUUGGGCCGCUGCUCCGGCGCCGAGUCCUCCUGCCUCUGGGGGUGCUGUUGCGGCCCGGGCGCCGGAAGUGACGCCUGGCGAGGCGAGCGCAGCAGCGAUGGCCUCCAGCAAGCGGGUUCUCUACGUGGGUGGGCUGGCCGAGGAGGUGGACGAGCGGGUGCUGCACGCGGCCUUCAUCCCCUUCGGAGACCUUACCGACAUCCAGAUCCCGCUGGACUACGAGACCGAAAAACAUCGGGGCUUUGCUUUCAUUGAAUUUGAGCUGGCUGAGGAUGCUGCAGCUGCUAUUGACAACAUGAACGAAUCUGAGCUCUUUGGGAGGACUAUCCGGGUCAACCUGGCCAAGCCAAUGAGGAUCAAAGAAGGCUCCUCCCGUCCAGUCUGGUCGGAUGAUGACUGGCUGAAGAAAUUUUCGGGAAAGACACUUCAGGAGAAUUUGGAAGAAGAGGGAGCGGUGGCAGCCCGGUCAGAGGUUCAAGAGGGAGAACCACCAGUGAAAAAAUCCAGGACCAACCCCCAGGUUUACAUGGAGAUCAAGAUUGGAAAUAAACCUGCAGGUCGAUUGCAUAUUCUCUUGCGGUCGGAUAUUGUCCCGAUGACUACUGAGAACUUCCGCUGUCUUUGCACACACGAGAAAGGCUUCGGCUUUAAGGGAAGCAGCUUUCACCGAAUUAUUCCCCAGUUCAUGUGCCAGGCUGGAGAUUUCACCAACCACAACGGUAGCGGCGGGAAGUCUAUCUACGGGAAGAAGUUUGAUGAUGAAAACUUUAUCCUGAAGCACACAGGGCCAGGUUUGCUGUCCAUGGCCAAUUCUGGUCCCAACACCAAUGGCUCCCAGUUUUUUAUCACUUGCGACAAGACUGACUGGCUGGACGGGAAGCACGUGGUCUUCGGAGAGGUUACCGAAGGGAUGGACGUGGUGCGGCAGAUUGAGGCUCAAGGCAGCAAAGAUGGGAAACCAAAGCAAAAAGUCAUCAUCUCUGAUUGUGGUGAAUUCAUCUGAACAUGGGUGCAAGCAGAUGCUGGUUGGGAAUACCGGAUAACAGGAAGACCAAGCACAGCAUCGCUUCGCUCUGGAUGAAAACUAUUUGGGAUGCUUUUCUAAAAAUUCAGUCAGAGUCUGUUUUAUGUGUUAGAACUGUAAAGCUGUUAAGAGAUUUCUUUUGUACAGAAUUUUUUUUCUAUAAAAUUACAUAUAUUUUUUACAACAGACCCGCCUUUUAAUUUCCCAUAAAUACCCUUUAAAGGUUUACUUUGAAUUGCUUGCAGAUUUAGCAGUUGGUCUCAAUCUGAGUUUUCCAUUUCUUUCCAUACUGGAAAUUAUAGAAGCCAAAGUCCAGCCCAUCCAUGUUUCACAGAUGAGAGGGAUGCGUUUGCCAUGGCAAGAAGCCAAACUGCUCAGGCCACUGCAUUUUCUGUUUCAGGGAAGAUCAACUCUCACAUUUUGUUUUCAUCAUGAAAGGCGCAAACUGCAGCUGCGGUUAAUGGUACCCUUUGUUUUUUGCAUCAAUGGGAACUACAGCAGUUGGUUGGCAGAAGAAAACGACAUUGGAAACAAAAAGUGCCCGAUUUCUCGCAACUGCUCUUGAGGGGAGGAGGAAAGCCCUCAGAUCUGAAUCUUGGGCAUGUAAGUUUUUUGUAGUUCUUCAUUUUACUUGUACGUGGCUCAAUCUGCCAGGGAAACGCUCCAGAAUAAAUUACAAUAUCCAUGGUAGGAAGAUUCCAAUAAGAUAUUGUACUGAAAUUGUACAAUUGACAAUGGUAAUGUUAGAAUAAAAUUGACAGUGAUUUCAUCAGUAGCUCAGUCAAGAUUCAGAAGUAUUAAGUGGCUGGAAAAGAAGGCCCAGCACUUUUGCAAGGUGUCAGGGCCCACUUCAAAACCUCAUCCUAAGAAAGCAGAACUCGUGGAAGCCGUUUCUUCCAAAAGGAACUUUUAUUAGGAGAAGCUGAUAGCAGGCAUAAUAGACAGCAUCUCGGGGUUUCCCCCUCAGAUCAAUAGGUUAAAAGAGUCCCAAACAACCCCACCUGAAUAGUUCAUCUGGUCAGUUCAAACGGACCAAUCCUCAGGUGUUAAGUCCGUUGUGGGAAAGAGCUGAUGACACUGGCCCCACCCACCGUCUUCCCAAAGUUUUGCACUGCUCUACUCUUCAGUGGCCGAGGGAGUUUCCCAACAGCAGCUGCAAAGCAAAAUCCCCAAAUCUGGACUUCUCUGAUGAAAAUGUGCAUGGAUUAAAAUCCCAGUUUUAAGAAUCAAAAUGACUGGGUCCACACAGCAUAUUUAGAUGUUCUUUUAUUAUCAAGUUCUUUUGGACUUUAGUUGCUAUCAGCCCGUCAAAAAUUCUGGGAACUGUAAUCAAAACCUGAUGGUUUUUGGAGCUCCAGUUCAUUUAUGGACUAAAUUUGCUUCUUGACUCUCAUCCCAACUUGCACUGGUGGCAGGCCACCAUGUGGACAGUAAGAGGUCAGACUUCCAAGUCAUUAGCAGACUCAGAGACUGAACUCUAGAGGACUUUUUGGAAGUUUCAUGUAGAUCAGCCCGUCCCAAUCUGGUAUCUUCAGAUGACCUGGACUGUGAUCAGUCCACUAAUGCAAGGAGAUAGCAAAAAAAAAAAAAAAAAAAAAUGCAGCAGGAACUGCUUAAUUCCUUCUUAACAUUUGUCUUUACACAAAAGAAAAAAAAAUAGCCCAAUCUAUUAGAAGCAGCACAAGGGGAGACA